AUGUGUCCGGAGCUUCUAGGGGAUAUCGUAGGAGCAGAGGCGGGGGAAAGCCAGCGCGCCAGCUUGUGGGCCUCGCAGACCGCCGACCGCCAACGCGCGCCUUGUGCGGCCAUGAGCGCGGCAGCUAGAGCCAACUCAACCGUCGCCUCGCACACGUCACACGGCUCCAUAUUCCCGCGGCCCUUCCACCUCCCGCAACCCCCGCUGAUCGCGCCGCCGCAUAUCUCGGCGCAGCACUUCCUCUACCUCCAGCAGCAGCAGCGCCGCCUGCAGCUCGUACAAUCCCUACCCAUCCCACAACCCCUCCUCCACCAAUCCUCCGUUUCUGCCGGCUCCGCUGCCGCCGCCGUUCCUCCCGCGGUCUCCGAAGCGCGGCUGCCGGCGCCGGCGUACGACUAUGCGACGCACGGCGCGGUGAUGACGCCGGAGCAGGUGGAGUCGCUGCGGCGGCAGAUCUCGGUGUACAGCACCAUCUGCCAGCAGCUCGUCGCCAUGCACCAGGCGCUCACCGCGCAGCACGCGCACUUCACCGCAGCGGCGGCAGCGGGGGUGCUGGGGCACCUCCCCUUCCCCUACGACCACUACGGCGUCGGUUCCGCCGCCAUCGCCGCGCACCCCAAGACGCGUCAGCGCUGGACGCCGCAACCCGCGCAGCUGCAGAUUCUCGAAAAGUACUUUUCGCUCUCCACGGGCACGCCGAAUAAGGCGCGCAUUCGGGAGAUCACGGCGGAGCUGCAGCAGCACGGUCCGAUCUCCGAGACGAACGUUUACAACUGGUUUCAGAACCGCAAAGCGCGGGCGAAGCGGAAAAACUCGAAUCUCGCGAAUGGGGGGAGCGGCGGAGGGGAGAAGGAGGUGGUGGGGGGGGAAGCCGCGGGGGCUGUUGUUGCGCAUGGGGCGGGGGGGAAGGGGAGCGCGGGGGCGGGUUGGGGGAGCCAGGGGGAGAAGCGGCACAAGGGUGACUCUUCGGAGAGAAUAAAGGAUGUGAUUGGAGAGGGGGAUAUGGGUCUGGUGCGCAGCGGUAGUGUGGCGAGUUCAGGCGGGGGUGACGUCAGCAGGGAUCCCGACGGGAGGGCAGGGCACGAGGCGGGCGAGGGCAGCCCCGGGGGAGUCAGCGCCGCGGGUGGGAGCGGUGGCGGGACGGGAGGGACUUUCACUAGCGCCGGGGAAGGCGGGGGGAACCACACCGCGGAGGGGCAGGAGCGGGGCGUAGGGUCAGGAGGGGAAGGCGCGGUGGGCAUGGGUGAGGCAGCGGCGGGCGCGGGUGGCGCUGCCGGGGGAACGUUGAUGGACCGUCAGCAUGUGGCAGACGCUGUGGGGGGAGGCGCCAUGGCCGUCAGCGACGUUGCAAUCGCAGCAGCGCCUCUAGCGGAAGGGAGCUUGCCACAGUACGGUGGAGAGGGGUGCGGAGCGGUAGGGUAUGAGUCCGUUCAGAUGGAAACAGGCUUGUUGGGGGACGCGGUGACAGCCAUGCGGACUAGCGCUGCUGCCGCCGCCGCCGCCGCUGCUGCCGCUGCUGCAACAGUUGCCGAUGGUGGUCUAGGGUCGGGUGCUGGUGACAAUGGUGUGGGCAUGGAAGUGGGCGACAGUGCGAACCAGGGCGGGUGGCAGGCCGCAGGGGAGGGUGCGCUGCAGCAGGUGGGCGGGCACGUCCCCAGGCAGCAGCAGCAGCGCCAUGAUGCGCCUGGAGAGGCGGCUUCCGCAGCCCACGUGGAUGCACACGUGCGCAUGGACGGGUGUGGGCCAAUGAACGUGCAACAUGGGGAUGGCGCACAUCUGGGCGGCAGCGGGGGGAUGACUGGCGCGCAUGCGCACAUGGAGGGGGAGGCACAGAGCCACAUGCGCGCGCACAGCAGCGAGCACGUGCGCGCGUGGGGCGCGCAUGGCGCAGCAGAGGGGGGUGAGUUGCAGGGCCAUGGCCUGGGCGGGCACGGAAUGGCGGAAGCUCAGGGGGGCUUCGUGGAAAGCUGCGUGGAAGGGCGGAGUGCGGAGCAGGAAGGGGUGUCCAGAAUAGCAGGCGAUCACGGGCAGCCAGCGAGCCUGGCAGCUUCGCCAGCACCUGAAAAUACACCUGGGGACGCACCUGGGCAGGACGACAUUAACGGAGGGGGGCACGCGUUGGUGCAGGAGUCGCUAAGACCACAGGGCGACGCGAGCGUAGGCUUACAGCAUGAGAGUGAGGCUGGGAUUGGGGAGCAGAGGGAGCUUGGGGCUGUGCAGUGCGGGCAGGCACAGGUGGGGGUCCAGCAGGCAGGGCAAGAGGAGAGUAUGGUGGGGCAGCAGCAGGAGGUAGAACAGUGUGUGCAGGAGCGGCAGCAGCAGGGCGUGGCGCACGGCAGUGCCGUGGCUCCUCCACUCGCCUGCAUGCUUGAUCCUGAGCGCACUGCAGAGAGCAGUGUGCAUGCACAGGGCGACCUGCAGCAGCAGCAGCAGCAGCAGUUGGCUGCCUCGCCUCCACAAGUGAUGGUGCCUGCACAGCAGCAGGGCGAGGAGGGUGGGCGGAUGGAAGGGAUGGAGGCCGGUGAUGUGGUGACAGGGCACGCAGGCCACGACAGGCAAGAGGGGCUCAGCCCGAGUGUUGCUGGGACGGCUGCUGGUAGCGCUGGCACCCCUCCGGAGGCGACGAGGGCAAUGCAGGUGAUGAUCAACGGCAAGCCGUGGGACGUGCCCAUUGGGCUGCUGGAUGUGCGCAACAGCUUUGGGGAGGGCGCUAUGAUAUUCGAUGCACAGGGGUGUGCCGUGCCAACCAACGAGAUGGGCAUCACUCUGGAGCCUCUGCAGGAAGGCAGCAGCUACACCGUGCAGGGGUGA